AUGGAUGUCUUGUUCUCAGAGGGUAGCCUGUCCUCGACAGCUCCCACCAGCCCAAGCUCAAGUCCUCUAUUUCGACCCUCCGAAAUCGAUGAUCUGAAGCUGUCACAGUCACCGCAAUCCAGAGAAACUCUCGAAGGAUACCCUUACACUCAUAUAGUGGAGAAUGUAUGCGUCAUGGGCGCAGGAUACGUUGGAGGUCCCACGGCCGCAGUAUUAGCUCUCCACAACCCCAACGUGAGAGUGGAAGUACUGGAUCGAGACCCUCGUCGGAUUCAACAAUGGAAAUCACCGCAUCUACCCGUACACGAACCAGGACUAGACGAACUAGUUCAGAGCGUUCGAGAUGACACAGAGAAUGGUAGCAAGUACUUGACUACACGCCAACCGAAUUUGAGCUUCUCGUGCGAUUCAGCCAGAGCCCUUGCAAAAGCCGAUAUAAUCUUCAUGGCGGUUAACACACCUACCAAGAUGUUUGGAGUGGGUGCAGGCUGUGCUACAAAUAUGGCUGCAUUCGACGGCGCCAUGCGAGAUGUAGCUGCCCAUGCUAAGCCGGGAGCUAUCAUCGUGGAAAAGAGUACAGUCCCUGGUGGUACAGCAGAUCGAGUGCGCAAAAUGCUGGCCGCUCAUCGUCCGGGUGUACCCUUCGAAGUACUCUCCAACCCAGAGUUUCUCGCUGAAGGCUCUGCAGUUCAAAAUCUCACGGUGCCCGACCGUGUUUUGAUCGGAUCUGCGGCAACGCCUACAGGACGACAAGCAGCCCAUAUACUUGCAGGCCUAUAUGCAGCCUGGGUACCUACAGAUCGUAUCCUAGAAACCAACAGCUGGUCCUCCGAGCUGGCAAAACUGGUAGCCAACGCAAUGCUCGCCCAGCGAAUCAGCAGUAUCAACUCCAUCAGCGCGAUCUGUGAACGAACCGGAGCCGACGUGGACCAGGUUGCCAAAGCCAUUGGAAUGGAUGCACGCAUAGGACCACAGUUCCUCAAAGCAGGACUAGGAUUUGGAGGUUCAUGUUUUCGAAAAGACAUAGCCAGCCUAGCAUAUCUCGCCGAGUCACUCGGCCUAGACGAUGUAGCCAGCUACUGGCGACAAGUGAACACGAUGAACGAGCGACAACGCGACCGCUUCGCUCGAAAGGUCAUCGACCGAUUCGAAGGAAAUCUAGUGGGACACAAAUUAGCAAUUCUCGGAUUUGCAUUCAAAAAGAACACCGGCGACACACGCGAGUCGCUAGCCGUGGAAGUAAUCCGAUCAUUAUUGGAAGAACGACCUGGCGAGAUAGCCAUCUUCGAUCCCUACUGUCGGCCCGACGACAUCAUGCGUGAGCUAGAGAUAGCAUGUCCUGGUAUUUCCGAAAGAGGCACGAUAAAACUACACACUGAUCCGCAUUUGGCCUGCUCACAAGCUCAUGCCGUGCUGGUAGUCACAGACUGUGAUCAGUUCCGCAACACACCUGGAAAGAAACCGCGUUGGACCCACAAUACUUCGGAGGCGACAGCUUCACAGACGUGUCCCUCUGAUUGCACGGACUGCCGAUCUCUAUCUACCCGACCCACCACUAGCGAACCGAUCGAGUGGCCUCGAAUUGCAUACAACAUGGUGGAGCCCAAGUGGGUGUUUGAUGGACGGGGUCUUUUGGACGUUGCCGAGUUGGAAAAAUUGGGAGUUCGUGUGGAUUCGGUGGGAAGACGAGCAACUUCCCCCAAAUAA